AUGGGAUUCUUUCGUCAAGUUUUUAUGCAAGCAGCUAUAAAUGAGGUAAAUUUAUUCCCUCAUUUUUAUUAUUUUCUAUCGCCUAAUAGUUCUGCAAAAACUGAAGAAUCUGAAGCAGCUGACCCCACAUUAUUUCAACAUGCGGCCAAUAAUCCCGCUGUUAUAUUGGGUCUUGGCCUUACAAGCGCAGCUAUUUUCGGGAUGAUCAAAGCUACAUUUAGUGGUGAUAGACCCAAAGCACAAAAAUACAUGCGAUACCGUAUUAUUGCGCAGUUUUUCACAGUAACAGCGUUAGCUGCGGGUUUCGCACUAUUCAGUACAACUCUCAUGAAAAGUAAAAGUCAGCAUUGA